CAUGUGUCCAAAGUCCGAGAGACAUUACAGAAUCUGACUGAAAGAUGAAGCUGGUAAUCCUAGUAUCCUUCUUGCUCUUUCUCCCAAUGUUUUCUUCAGGACUCGUUGAGAAUUCGCAUCUUGACAACGCCCACUACAAGGUUGAAGAGGUGGUGACCGAUGAAGGAAGGAUUGAUCUGGAGAUGGACUAUGUGAAGCCGCAUCCAAGGCCGGCUCGGCCGCCCAUCCCAUCCGACCCAAUACCACCAAGAAAAAUUACAAGACCUAACGAAAAUUAAAGUACUACGAUUAUUCAUUAGUCAAUAAUCAUGUAAUGUUGACCAAAUAGAAAAUCUAUGUAAUAUUUCAGAUAAGUUAAAAUAAAAAUACAUAAUUUGAGUUAUGUUUUCCUUCACAAAAAUAUCAUUUUACAUUUUCAAUGUGAUU